GGGGCGUGGAAGCCAUGCUGAGGAGUUCCGCCAGAGGUGCCUUUCCACCUUUUCCUCUCUUUUCCUCCUCCAUUCCUCUCCUCUUCUUCUCCCUCUUCCUCGCAUCUCUCCUCCUCCUCUUCCUCUUCCUCUUUUUCACCAUCUUUCUCCCCCUCCCUUCUCUUCCCUCAGAGUUACAGGGUGAGAGAGAGGCGUGAUCCUCCUCCUCCUCCUCCUCGCCGCCAGCUCUGUCCAGACAGCCUUCCUUUCCUUCCCUUUCCCGCCUCUCGAAGCGUCGCCUCAGAAAACCCAUCGAGGCGCCCUCCGUCCUCUCUUCCUCCUCCUCCUCCUCCCGCCCUCCCUCCGUCCGCGGCGCUUUUGUCUGGCAUUUUGAAAAAGACAAGGCGAGAGGAAAAGGGUGGGAAAGGGGGGAAGGAAGGUUCUCCUAUCUCCUUAUCUUCGUGCCCCAGCCCCAUCCUCGCCUUUGGCCGCCGCUUCCCCCCGAAGGCUUCUCGGAGCCCGCUGUGUUCUUUCCUCCCGAUACAUCGCCUUUCCAACCCUCUCGCUUUGCUUUGCAGCCGCGCCUCCUCCUCCGCCUUGAGGGGCUCCUGGACGAAAGCGACGCCGGGCUCGGACUCGCCCGAGCCUCAUGGCAGCCUCGGAGCCCCCCUCUGUCUCCGCCGCCGCCUCCGCCGCGGCCCAGGACCCCAACACCGCCGGCCUGCGACCCACAACCUACGACACCUGGUGCGGUGUGGCCCAUGGCUGCACGAAGAAGAUCGGGCUCAAGAUAUGCGGGUUCCUGCAGCGCAACAACAGCCUGGAGGACAAGGGCCGCCUGGCCAGUGCCCUCAAGGAGCGGCAGGCCUCCCGGAACCUGCGCGUGGCUGCUGGGGAGAACAGCGAGAACGAGGCCCGCUUCCGGAGGACCGAGACCGACUUCUCCAACCUCUUCGCCAGAGAUUUGCUUCCAGCCAAAAAUGGUGAGGAACAGACGGUGCAAUUCCUUCUGGAGAUUGUGGACAUUCUCUUGAACUAUGUGAGGAAGACCUUCGACCGGUCCACCAAGGUGCUGGAUUUCCAUCAUCCCCAUCAGCUCCUCGAAGGAAUGGAAGGCUUCAACCUUGAGCUUUCUGACAACCCAGAAUCACUUGAGCAGAUUCUGGUGGACUGCAGGGACACACUGAAAUAUGGAGUCAGGACAGGUCAUCCUCGAUUUUUCAACCAGCUUUCUACAGGGCUUGAUAUCAUCGGCUUGGCUGGAGAAUGGCUGACAUCUACUGCUAAUACGAACAUGUUUACGUAUGAAAUUGCACCUGUUUUUGUCCUCAUGGAGCAGAUAACACUUCGAAAAAUGAGGGAAAUUAUUGGAUGGACAGAUAAAGAUGGAGAUGGAAUCUUCUCACCUGGUGGUGCUAUAUCCAAUAUGUAUAGCAUCAUGGCUGCCCGCUACAAAUAUUACCCAGAAGUCAAAACUAAAGGCAUGGCUGCAGUGCCUAAACUGGUCCUCUUUACCUCAGAACAUAGUCAUUACUCAAUAAAAAAAGCUGGAGCUGCACUUGGUUUUGGAACUGAAAAUGUGAUUUUGAUAAAGUGUAAUGAAAGAGGCAAAAUAAUACCAGCUGAUUUGGAAGCCAAGAUUCUGGAUGCUAAACAAAAGGGAUAUGCUCCUCUUUAUGUGAAUGCAACUGCAGGCACAACUGUUUAUGGGGCCUUUGAUCCAAUUCAUGAGAUAGCAGACAUCUGUGAAAAAUACAACCUUUGGCUCCAUGUUGAUGCUGCCUGGGGAGGUGGAUUACUAAUGUCCCGUAAGCAUCGCCAUAAACUGAAUGGGAUAGAAAGAGCUAACUCAGUCACAUGGAAUCCACACAAGAUGAUGGGAGUUUUGUUGCAAUGUUCUGCUAUUCUUCUUCGGGAAAAGGGUAUACUUCAGGGCUGCAACCAGAUGUGUGCAGGCUAUCUAUUCCAGCAGGACAAGCAAUAUGAUAUAACAUAUGAUACUGGAGAUAAAGCAAUACAGUGUGGCCGACAUGUGGACAUAUUCAAAUUCUGGUUGAUGUGGAAAGCAAAGGGUACAGUGGGAUUUGAAAGUCAAAUCAACAAAUGUCUUGAAUUGUCAGAAUACCUGUAUAAUAAAAUUAAAAACAGAGAGGAGUUUGAGAUGGUUUUCAAAGGAGAGCCGGAACACACAAAUGUUUGUUUCUGGUACAUUCCACCUAGUCUCAGAGGGAUGCCAGACUCAGAGGAAAGAAGAGAGAAACUACAUAGGGUGGCACCCAAAAUCAAGGCUCUGAUGAUGGAAUCGGGCACCACGAUGGUUGGAUACCAGCCUCAUGCAGACAAAGUCAAUUUCUUCCGAAUGGUUGUUUCAAAUCCUGCAGCUACCAAAUCUGACAUCGAUUUCCUUGUUGAAGAAAUAGAAAGACUGGGGCAAGACCUGUAAUCUACUUGAAUGACCUGUUUCAUUUCUCUAGAGCUCUAUUUUCCAGUACUGGCUUUAAAAUAAAAAUAAAAAAUCCAGUUCUGUAGCACAUAUUUUAAGGUAACCCCUUUAUAAACAUUUAACUCAUCUAAAACACAGUCUUUUAAAACAAUGAUAGAACUACUCCUUUAGAUUACUGAAACAUAUAUGCAUAUUAGUAGGUUACUUUAACAUGAGGGUGGGGAAUGUAUUAUCUUGAAAUGUAUAUUUUACCUUAUGUAAACCCAGUAAUUCCAAGUAGCAGGAAGCUAAUUGUACUAAGAUAGCCAGUUAAGAAUGUAUAGUGCUAUAAAUAAAAUUGUAAUAACUCCUAAAAUAGUUCAUAGUAUCUUCUCCAGUGCAGAGGUAUUCUUAAUCAAGGACUGCUCUUGUGGAGACUGUUUUUUGUCUAUUUUGAUUUGUUAAAACACUUACCCUAUAUAUUCUUGUAUGAGUCUAGAAAUUUUAAUCAAAAAUCAACCCAAAAAUAUGGGAACUCUGUCAAAAAAGAAUCAAGUCCUCCUCUGGGUAUGCCAUGACCUUCUGGCAAACAAACUCGUAAAAUGUGGGCUAGACAAAACUACGUUUAGGUGGAUCUGUAAUUAGUUAAGCGAACGAACCAGCGAAAAACCCAAAGAGUGCUCACCAAUACGUCGUCUUCAUCUUGGAAAGCAGUCACGAGUGGAGUGCCGCAGGGUUCUGUCCUGGGCCCGGUUCUGUUCAACUUCUUUAUUAACGACUUAGACGAAGGGUUAGAAGGCACGAUCAUCAAGUUUGCAGAUGAUACCAAAUUGGGAGGAUAGCUAAUACUCCAGAAGACAGGAGCAGAAUUCAAAACGAUCUUAACAGACUAGAGAGAUGGGCCGAAACUAACAAAAUGAAGUUCAACAGGGACAAAUGCAAGAUACUCCACUUAGAUAGGAGAAAUUGAAAGCAAAGAUACAGAAUGGGGGAUGCCUGGCUCAACAGCAGUACGUGUGAAAAAGAUCUUGGAGUCCUUGUGGACAACAAGUUAAACAUGAGCCAGCAAUGAGAUGCGGCAGCUAAAAAGGCCAAUGGGAUUUUGGCCUGCAUCAAUAGGAGUAUAGUGUCUAGAUCCAGGGAAGUCAUGCUACCCCUCUAUUCUGCCUUGGUCAGACCACACCUGGAAUCACACUCUGUCCAAUUCUGGGCACCGCAAUUGAAGGGAGAUGUUGACAAGCUGGAAUGUGUCCAGAGGAGGGCGACUAAAAUGAUCAAGCACCUGGAGAAUAAGUCCUAUAAGGAGCGGCUGAAACUGCUGGGCAUGUUUAGCCUGCAGAAGAGAAGGCUGAGAGGAGACAUGAUAACCAUGUAUAAAUAUGUGAGGGGAAGUCAUAGAGAGGAGGGAGCAAGCUGUUUUCUGCUGCUCUGGAGACUAGGACGCGGAACAAUGACUUCAAACUACAGGAAAGGAGAUUCCACCUGAACAUCAAGAAGAACUUCCUCACUGUGAGAGCUGUUUGGCAGUGGAACUCUCUGCCCCAGACUGUGGUGGAGGCUCCUCCUUUGGAGGCUUUUAAGCAGAGGCUGGAUGGCCAUCUGUUGGGGGUGCUUUGAAUGUGAUUUCCUGCUUCUUGGCAGGGGGUUGGACUGGAUAGCCCAUGAGGUCCCUUCUAACUCUAUGAUUCUAUGAUUGGUGAGAUGGACAGGAGCUUAAUCCAUCACAGGGGUAUUUAAAAGAAGCACCAACUCCUUCUUCUUUCUCUGAGAUUGCUUUAGGCCUCUUUGAAUGCCUUGGCAGGGAAUGGCCUGUGACAACUUGGGGCUCAGUUGCCAUUGGUGUCUUCCCUUCUUUGCAGAAUGGCCCGCCACUCAUCCACUGGUUGUAUCAAGAUCCUUAAUUUUGGCCCCCAAACCUGCCCUCGACUUAUACAUGAAGUCAACUUAUACAUGAAUAUAUAUGGUAUGUCCCCAUCUAAGCUGCUCCGAGUAUAUGAUUGGGCUCGUCCCCAUGUAAGCCGCUCCGAGUCUCCUCAUGGAGAUGGAGGCGGGAUACAAAAAUAAAGUUGUUAUUAUUAUUACAUUAUGUCACACCCUGACUCAUGGGAUCUCAGGGCAACAUAACAACAUAGGGAUCCACCAGAGCAUUGCUUGGUAGAUUAUAUCUCAGCAGUCACAUUUCAGGCCCAUUGUUUUGCCGUUUAUCCCAUUCAUUACAGUUGAGCACAUUCACAGGUCAAUGCAUUAUGCCAGACACACGCUACUGGUCUGUGCCCAAUUUGCUGCUAAUUUUACUUGGCACAACCAAGUCAAAGUUAAGCAUUUUUUAAACAGAGAGAUCUUAAGAGAUCUUAACUUUGAGGCAAUGGUGUCCAGCAUGUUUGGAUUGCACCCACAUUUUGGACUGGGGUCUGGGGAAGCCAAUGUGUCAGUCAAAAUAUAAAUCAUGUGGUGGUCAAUAACAUGUGGCAUCCAAAGUAAAAUUGGAUAAAGAAACAUUUUAAAAAAGAUAGAGUCUUAGAAAUGUAGGGAAACAUUUAAUAAUUUUUGUUGGUAUUUCUCUGAUGCACAAAAGUGUAAGGGACAAAUUCUAAGGAGAACCACCUAGUAGUUGUAUGUAUGCCCCCUUAGUUGUCAUAUCAGGGGGAUAGUAGUAGGCUUGUAGCUGAGUUGUUGUAAUAGGCUAUAUUAUUGUUGUAUUUUUUAGGAUUUGGUUUGUGUAGACUGUGUACAUUAUUGUUAAAUAGGGUUGGGGAGGAAUUAUAUGUAAUAGUUUUCCAGCAAGAUAACUGUUCAUUUCUCUUUAUAUGAACUGUUUGCUUCUUUAUAUGCAAAGAUUUACCAUGCUAAAGAGUUGUCUUGUAUUUUCUUCCAUUUGUAAUGUAUCCUAUUUAUAUAAUUAUCAAAGUUCUAAAUAACGUUUAUUGGUAUUUUAGUGUAUUUGUGAGCCAAAGAGAAAAUUAAAAAUUAGUUGACACAUUUAUAUGAUAGUGCCCUUAAAAUAAUAAUUUAACAGAUAAUUUUACUGUCUAUAAGGAACCCUAACACUGUAUAUAGAUUUUAGCCUAAUGGAAUCAUUUCAUUUUAAUAGAAAUGUCACUUUUACUAAUUGUACUGUAGUCUGGCUGUACGUUUAGUGUUUUGGAUGCUUUUUAGUGAAUUAUGGAUGUUUAAAUCGGGCCCCUGUUCCCAUGGUUGUUCAAGGCCAAAUUCUGUACUUAGUUUAGAUAAAAUAUUUGGCAAAGAUAUGCAAAGAUGGUUCUGUGGAAGAGUCCCUAUCUCUCUGUCUCCUGAAUGUCAGAAAGGUGACUGUCAAAGUCAUUUGGAGUUUACAAGAGAGGAGGAGGAGGAGGAAAAGCUUGGCACAGAACAUUUUGGGUGUGGCUGCCUUGCCACAAUAAUUUUGCAUUGUACAGUUAUCAGAUUUUAUUAGCUAGGCCGUUAGUAUUAUGAAUCCUUAGUUUUUCGUACUGCUAAAGAGGAAGCAAAAGUCGUAGGACUGACAGAAUUUCUUGGAUCAAGAGACAUCUGCCGAUUUUAAAAGCUUCCCAAAUAUGCUGCUAUGGCUGUUAGCUUCAAUUAAUGCCUCAUAUUUCCAGUGCAUAAUAAACUUUAGAGACUACAGCCCUGCACAAAGUCUAGUUGAAAUGAAUGGAACUUAUGUAAAUCAACAGGAAUUGCACACAGAACUUUGUGCAGGAUUUUUGGGCCUGGAUUUUUAACAAAACAGUGUUAUAUUGGGGAAAAAAUAUUAACAAUAUUUUAAUGAAUGUUUGUUGGGAUUUGUGUAGAUUUUUACCUUUUUGGUUCCAGGGAUUUUCCCAGUGUGGAAUGAAUAUCACUUUAAAGUCCAUGUUAUUUUAGAGAGCCUUGAUACUGUCACCAUCUUUAUCAUCCCCUUUAUGGUCCCUUGUAAGCUUGCCUGGCUCUUCUGCAUUCAAAUGCUCAGCACUUCUGGACUGUGUUCUGUCUUUCUUGGCCGUCUUAAAUAUCCAUAUGGUAUUUUAAUAUCAUAUGGGUGGAACAAAUGAGAAGCCAUUAAGAAGAGUCUAACACCUGCUUUCUCUAAUUAAUCUCCAAAUAUAGAAGGGUUUUGUCUAAAUAAAAACACAUCUGUAUUGUA